AAACAAAAAGAAAAUAGUGUAUGUGUCAAAUAAAGAUGUUGGUUACCGGAUUACUGCGCUCUUGCAGAUUUCUCCCAAUUGUGGUGAUUCUGCUAAUCCUAGGGGAACAACAGCAUGUCCAAGCUAACGUGAAUAAUCACCUGGCCGGUGUGCAUCGACGUUUCGAGUACAAAUAUUCCUUUAAGCCGCCAUAUUUAGCGCAGAAAGACGGCACUGUGCCCUUCUGGGAGUACGGAGGCAAUGCAAUUGCGAGUGCGGAGAGUGUACGAGUGGCGCCGUCAUUGCGUUCACAAAAGGGUGCCAUCUGGACAAAGUCGCCAACGAACUUCGAUUGGUGGGAGGUGGAGAUAGUCUUCCGAGUAUCCGGUCGCGGGCGUAUUGGUGCUGACGGUCUGGCUUUCUGGUAUACCACACAAAAAGGCGAUUAUAAUGGUGCUGUAUUUGGUUCUUCGGACCGGUGGAAUGGCUUGGGCCUCUUUUUUGAUUCCUUCGAUAACGACAAUAAACAUAAUAAUCCUUAUAUUAUGGCUGUGGUGAACGAUGGAACGAAACAGUUUGAUCAUUCAAACGAUGGCACCACACAGCUAUUAUCUGGCUGUUUGCGUGACUUCCGCAACAAACCGUUCCCAACACGCGCGCGCAUUGAAUACUAUAACAAUGUAUUAACUGUAUUUUUCCACAAUGGUAUGACGAACAAUAAUGAGGAUUAUGAAAUGUGUCUUCGCACGGACGGUGUGCAAUUGCCCAAAAAUGGUUACUUUGGUCUUUCCGCGGCGACUGGAGGUUUGGCUGAUGAUCAUGAUGUCUUCCAUUUCUUGACUACGUCACUGCAUCCGCCCGGUCAAGUGCCAUCAGACCCGGUAAAAGUUCCAGAGAACUCUGAAAAGCUGACACAAGAAUAUAAGGAAUAUCAAGAAAAGUUGGAGAAACAAAAGCAGGAGUAUAAGAAGGAGCAUCCUGAUGAGGUUAAAGACGAUGAUGAGUGGGAAGAAUUCUUCGAAUCGGAAAAUCAACGUGAAUUGCGUCAAAUAUUCCAAGGACAAAGUCAGAUAUUCGAGCAAUUGCGCGAUCUUUCACGCAAAGUAGACGAGGUAAUAGGACGCCAAGAAAACACACUAUCGCUGGUAUCGAGAAGUGCUGGUGCGCCAGUACAACAAGUAGGUGCUGCGCCAGGUGCUGGUGUGCCACCUGUUGCCACAGGCACAAUUAGCGGUACAAUCACACGACCUGAAGUUGAUCUCAUGGUUGCAAAUCAAAAUGCUUUAUUGGCGACAGCGCGUGAGAUACGUACGCUAAUCGGCGAAAUUCAAAUACGCACCGACACAAUCGUACAAAAUCAACAACGUGCACCCACAGCACAAGUGCAAGCAGCCGGCUACGAUAUACAAUCGGUCAUCGCUGAGAUGCGAGACGGCAUGAACCAGGUGAAACAGGGCAUGGCGCAUGUUGGACAGAAACUUGGCUCGCCUCAGGCGCAAACGGGUUGUCCAACAGGUAACUGUGUAGGCGUAACUUUGUUCCUAGCCGUGACUGUUGUGCAACUGAUACUUGUGUUUUUAUAUCAAUUUUUCAAGAGUCGCAGUGAAGCUCAAGCGAAGAAGUUCUAUUAAACCAAAUUCAUGAACAACCGAAUCACUAUAGAAAAUUACAAUGAUUUAUGUGGAAUUUGUAUAUUUUCUGCAUGCAAAUCGUUUUUAUUACACAUGUCCCAAUCAAUUCGUUUUAACUUAAGUGAAAUGUUGCUUUACAUUCUGCGUAAGUUAAAGCAGCUGAAGAAUGUUAGCAACAUUUUCUGAAUAUUUUCAUGAACAAUUUGUAUACCAAGAGAACAAAACAAAACGAAAAAAGUGUAAAAUUAAAAUAUAUGUCUAAAAAGGAGUAGAUAAAAAUUUAAAACAAAUAGUAAAUGAAUUGUGAAAAAUAUCAUUAACAUUGAAAAUGUUCAAACUGGAAUGAGUUUGUAUCGAAUGUGUCGUAUCAAUGUGUUGUGUAUUUAACAGUUAUUUAAAGAAAAAUACAACAUUGCAUUUCUUUGUUGCGCUCUCAUUGCAGUUUAA